GAGAACGUACAACUCCAAGAUACGGGGUAACUUUCUUAUGCAGACAGUGGUGAGUGCCGGGAAUAUGCUGCCAGUGUUGGUGGUUGAGGCAGAUACGAUAGCGGCAUUGGCGAAGCUUUUGGACAGGUAUGGAGACAUGCAGGGAGUGGGGUAAAUAUGGUAGGUAAGAGAUCAUCUUGGCAUCAUGUUCGGCACAGACUUGUAGGCUAAAGGGCCUACUCUUGUGCUGUACUAUUCUACGUUCUACGUUCUAAUUCCAAAGACUCAAAGCUCUCCGAGAAAGACAAUGCCAUCCUGUCUUAGUCUCAAUGUUAUUCACAUUAUUCCCUUUAUCAUGUAUCUGUACACUGUGGAUGGCUCGAUUGUCAUUUUGUCUUUCCGCUAACUGGUUAGCAUGCAACAAAAGCUUUUCACUGUACCUCGGUACACGGGACAAUAAACAAAACUAAAAUUUAACUCAAAUUCAACGGACAGCCCGUCCUCUUUACAUCGUGACCCCUGGGUAUGGACCCUCCCACAGGAGGAAACACCUCCCACUUCCACCCCACCAAUGUCCCUCUGGAUCUGGAGCUGCCGGCUGCCACUGGUGGCGUGGCCUCUUGCUCUGGGGUUUUAUAUCGUCCAACUGUGCUACAUGGAGAUGCGACUGGAUAACCACGGACAAAGAGUCUAUGGAUCUCUGGAGGCCUUGGCCAAUACUGAGAGGAGCUCGGUGUAUGAAAGUAACAUAACAUUUACAGAAAGCAGAUUGCGUAAGCUCUGGGCUAGCUUACAGCCAAGCGGAGUCAACGCACCAAACAGGAAAACACCAAACUGUGUUAACAGGAAGCUGAGACAGAAGAAGUUCCAGACACACACACAGGAAGGAGUGACAUUAAUACGCUGCACCCUGAGCCAUGUUCCAGCGAGAUUAUCGAACGUGAUUGCUGGUUGUACUGCGACACCACGCUGAGUGGCGCAAGAUGUUGUGGAAAGUUUAGGAUGUGGAAGUGAAGCUGGCGAGUGGAUGUGAACACUGAGCGUGCAGACCAACGUGCUGUAGACAUGGGCUGCAUCAGCGUUACUCCUCGAUGCUGCAAAACCACCAAUGAGCAAGAACAGGAGGACCUGGUCCAAAUCCCAAGCACCAGACGUUCUUCCCAUCCAGUGACUGAAAGAGCAGCUGCCUCUCCUCCAGAGCUGCACAAGCUGAUAGACCAGAGUCAGUCCGCCGUGAGUAACCAUUUGUUUGAGGAGCGUCUGGAAGAACUGUCUGGGGUUGAGUUGCUGUGGGGAAAGUCUCGCAGAGACCUGGAGAAGAUUGUCUGGACAGAGCCCAUAAAGGGCUGGGAAGGAGAGGACAUCAGCCGUCUGGGUGAAAUCGUAUGGUCGUCCUCGGCCCUACUUCACGAUCAGUACAUGGAGGCGGAGACGAGGAGGCACCUGGUACUCUUCCCCUUACACCUGCUGAUCCUGGCUGUGGACGAGGAGGAGCAGAGAUUCAUCUACCAGGGUCUGUUGCCACUUUCUGGGAUCUCGGUCAGAAUGUUAUUGAAGAACAACACAUUUGAAAUUACGGGGUCAAUGUUCGACUCCAGGAUAAUAAUGUGUUCAAACGAAGAGGAGUUCAAAAUAUGGAUGGCUCAUUUGCCAAGAAGAGUUAAGAAGGCUUCUCUAUAUCGGGCACAUAAACAGCACAAGCUGGCUAUGUUGCUUCCCUGUGAUGAAGACUGGAAACGACAGGAGCUGGAGAAGUACCUGCAGCAGAAUCCUAUCCAGGGCUGGGAAGGGACUCCAAUCCAGCAUCUGGGACACUUUGUGUACAUAUCCACGGUGCAAGUUCGCUGUGCACACAGUCAGGCGUUUGAAGAGAGGAUCAUGGUUUUAUUUCCAGACGAUCUUGUAAUACUUUCCACAGAUGAGCAGAAAACAGCCGUCAAGUACGAAGGAAGACUUCCUACUCACAGCAUCAGAGCCUUGGAAAGAUCUGCAUGUGUGGGGCACCUUGAGUUUGAAAUUAGAGGAGAGAUGAUGGAGCCAAUGAAGGUCUCCUGUACCAAGCCAGGCGAAUAUAAAACCUGGUUUUUCAACCUACAAAAGCCGGACUACAGCACCAACACCCUGUCUUUCAACCGCCAGCCGCCACCCAAUUUGCCCAAGAAGAGGAAGAGCUGCCGUUACUAGGACCGACCUCCACUGCUCAGAACCACCACUCAAGCCAAGGACUGUUCACCCCUGGAAUCUCUAGGGAUUCCGAGCUUUGACCAUGAAGAUGAUUCCAUGCUUAGAGACAGCCAUUGGUUGAACCCGUCUUGCUUCUUCAAAAUACUGCACUGCAUUUUCACUGCACUGUACCACAACUCAAAGCUAGAUAAAAGACAGUUUCACCGAGCUCCUGGUCACUGUUCUGGGAACUGUGUGUGUUUGUGGGUGUUGGGCGAAGUUCAAACAAAGAUAAUUGUCAUGCUUCCAGUAAGCGCCAUCCCACACAAGUGGCGAAAGUCGCGGUGCCUCUUCCACCUGGAACACACCAACAUGACCUAUUUAUUGUCCAUAUUUUCUGACUUGAAGAAGCUGGUCCUGAGCCACACAACAGACAUCAGCAGAGUGUUCUCCUGCACAGCUGAUGGGUCAGGGCUUUGACACAGCAACUGUGAAUCCAGCCCAUCACUUGUUCCAGAUCGACCUGCUGAGCUCUCGGCUGCUCAUUUGGCAACCAUGUUCUCACUGGAAUGUCACCAAUGGAGGAGACAAACAUCUCAACUGCCGCAGAGAAACCAAACUCAGCAACCCACAGAGACACAGAUUCCAACACCCUACCAACCAAAUGUCUCCAGCAUCAUCAGUGCUGAAAAAUGUAAUGUUUUAUAUCGAGAUAUUAAACUAUUUGUUGAUGACAAUUAUUCAGGCUGCAGUUUCUAAAGUCUGGUGGUGGGACACUCCACCUUUCACAACAGAAAGCAUGGUGCUUGUUGCUUUACAGAGGCACUGUGCCAGAGUGAUAACCAGGGCAGUGAGAGCACAAUUGCUUUUAAUUCAAGAACAACACCAGGUAAUAUUGGAAGAAAGCAUAAGGGGUGACAUCCCCAUUUGAAAUAAUUUAGAACUGCUCAAAAAAUUCCGCCCAGUUAGUAAGCCAUGCCCUACCGCGCAUAAAGCUAUGCUGACUGUUCCUGAUUAGUCCAUUCUCUUCCAAAUGAGAAUGAGUCCUAUUCCGAAGAAUCCUCCCCAAUAGCUUCCCUACCACAUAUCAUUGGUUUAGAGUUCCCUGGAUUCUGUCUAGUUUCCUUCUUAAACAAAGGAACAACAUUGGCUACUCUCCAUGUCCUCCAGGACUUCGUCUGUGGCUAGAGAAGAUGCAAAGAUCUUCACCAAUCUCAUCUCUUGCCUCAUCACAUUGAAGUCUAAUCAAGUAUCAAGUAUCCUUUAUUGUCAUUCAGACUUUUCAGUCCGAAUGAAAUUUUGUGCCUUGCAGUUAUAACAUAGAAUAACAUAACAAAACACACAAUAAACACAGAUUUAACAUCCACCACAGUGAGUCUACCAGGCACCUCAUCACUGUGAUGGAAGGCAAAAGCCUUAAAGUCCUUGUCUCUUCCCUCCUUGUUCUCCCUCUGCACUGAGGCGAUCCAGGCCUCCGAUGUUGUGACCCCGCUGGGUGAUGGUAAGCAAGACCUGCGGCUGAAUCCGAGCUCCGCGA